AUGAAGAAACAUCAAGUGGGUUGUGAAACUGCAAGGCCACAUGUGGCACUCUACCCAGUUGUGGGUUUGGGCCAUCUUAUUCCCUUCGUUGAGCUUGCAAGAAACCUCGUUUCCUCCCACGGAUUCGCCGUGACCCUAAUCACACCCUCCUGGAACAUUUCCCCUUUAGAGACUAGAUAUGUUUCAGACCUCCUUUCCUCCAAUCCCAAUACAAUCCGUCAAAUAGAGCUUCCACAGAUCCCUUCUAACGGAGAAGACACGAAUGAUACCUUUAACUUCAUUCUGGAACGAAUAAGAAAGUCCAUGCCUGCGAUGGAACGAAAUCUAUGGAUACUAGAACAACCCAACCGCCCUUUCUCGCCUGUUCGUGCAUUGAUAUCGGAUCUCUUCCACGCGGAAACUGUGGAGGUGACCGACAGCCUGGGCUUGCCAAAUUAUGUCUUGUUGACAGCCUCUAUGGCCUUCCUCUAUUUCGUGUUGCGUCUGCCCCGCGUUUAUCUGUCUGACGGAAACGAGGCUCCUCCGGUUUCCAUCAAUAUCCCGGGCUUGAAGAAGCCCAUCAAUGAGGCUGAUUUUCCAGACCUGUUGCGCAACAAGUCCUCUCCGAUGUUUCAUGGCUUCCUUCGCCUCUGCUCUCCCUUAAGGGCAAUGAAAGCCAUUCUCGUCAACACCUUUCAUGACUUGGAAGCAGAGUCGAUUCAUUCGUUGUGGUCCGGAAGUGUCGGAGAAAUCGAUGGCGUACCGCCGGUACAUGCGAUUGGACCGAUUACACGAUCAUUUGAUCUGCCCCAGGUGGACGGUGAGGAAGAAGAGCUCCUGAAAUUGUGGCUGGAUAGCCAGGCUAAGGGGUCGGUGGUGUUCGCAUCAUUUGGUACGUGGGGAUUGAUGGGCAGAGAACAGUUGAUGGAGAUUGCGUUAGGGCUUGAAGCGAGCGGGCUAAACUUCGUUUGGGUUGUGCGGAGCAUUAGUAAUACUAGUACUGCUGCUACUUCCAGUUUGGAAGUGGACUUGAGAAGUGUUCUUCCCGAGGGUUUCUUGAGCCGUGUUGAGGGCCGCAGAAAGGGAGGGUAG